AUGCGGGCUCACCUCAGUAUGUGCGCAGAUAUAAUCGGACUGGAAACGUUCCAGCGUGGAAUGACACAUUAUCUCAACGACAAUGCGUAUGACAAUGCAGGUCAAGACAACCAGUGGGCUGCCCUUCAAACUCAGGCGGAUUCAGAAAAUGUAAUCCUCCCUGCGACGGUCAAGGAGAUCAUGGACACUUGGACCUUCAAAAUGGGCUUCCAAUAUGUAACUGUGAUCCGCAACUACCAAAUGGGCGGCGCUGUCGUGAUUCAGAGCAAUGACACCACCGACCAACUGCUAACAUUAUUGUGGAUUCACAUGAUUGUAGAUGCCAAAUGCCAACGUCACUUGUCACGUUGCGAGUCGGUCAUCCCAUUAAUCGUGAAAAAAAUCACGAAAAUCGGUUACGAAUACGAGACAGAUUUCACUUAUUCUGCCUUGUCCGCUGAAGAGAGAAACCCCGACUUGUCAGAUAUUAUUAGAUACACUGAAUUACUCGACAGAGUCCAGCAAGACGGAAAGCACAACAUCAACGGCGUGUACAACAGUUUCACUCUGCUCAACUUGGCCAUUCUCUUUGCUAAAACUGAAACGGUUCAACAUCUUCUGGGGCAAAUGAAAGCUGAUCCCACUAGACGCGACGAAAAAGGAAGGAACGCACUUCACAUGGCGGCCAAAUUCAACAGAGAAAAGAAAAUAAUAGAUUUAUUAUUAAACAAAAUUCCCAUUGACCAAUGCGACGCAACAGGAACGACCGCCCUCCACCACGCAAUCAUGACAUCCAACACCGAAAUCGUUGAAUAUCUGUUGGAUAACGGCGCAGAUCCAAAAAAACAGGACCAGAUUGGCCGUUGGCCACUUUAUGUGGCGGCAUUCUACGCCACAGACACGAAGAUCAUCGAUCUAUUACUUGAUAAAAAGGAAAUAAUUGACGUUAACGAUUGCGACAAAUUUGGCGUUACCGCCCUCCAUAAUGCCGCCAUGGCAUCAAAUAGCAAAAUGGCUCGUCAUCUAUUGGCAAAUGGCGCAAAUAUAAACUGCCGUGACAAGAACGGUCUUACUCCAUUUCACGUGGCUGUAAUAUUUGCAAAGGACAUGGAAAUGAUCGACUUGUUUCUAAACAACGAAAAGGUUAAUCUACAUUAUUGUGACAAACUUGGGCAAAAUGUUAUCGCCUACGCACAGAAAAACGCUUACGGAAUACGAGAAAAAAUUAUUGAGCGGGUGAAAGAAAUUGACGACGGAGUAAUCAAAGAAUAUUAUUUACUGAAACUGGCCAAGUCUGAAAUGCAUACCCCAAUCUGGAAAAUUCUCAUUAACAAUUUACACGGUUACUUUAGUAAUAAUACUUUCACUUUUCAGACUUCCAAUCCGUCAGAGCUAUUCUACGUCCCUUAUGCUGACCUCAAACCAGGAAAAGGCAGCGAAAUAUCCGAAUCUGUCUUGAUAUGUUACAUUGCCAACAAAGCAAGUAGGAAACAUCGCAACUUUGCUCAAUCCGAAAUGCCUGGAAGCAUACAACUUUUAAGCGACAUCGAUCACGAUUCCCAAAUAACAGAAAUUCAAAUUUACAAUCGAAGCAAAAAUAAUUCAACGACGCAUUUGACAAGAGCUUUUUUUUUCGUUUUUAAAACGACUAGCAAAAAGGACGGAGAACAUCGGUGGUCCUUGGAGAGGAACGUGAAUUACGUUGUCCUUCAUUCGUUCAAUUCAAAUUUGUGUUUUCCAGUCUACUGGGAAAUGAAAAAUAAGUUGGAAAUAGAUUAA